AUGUUUCUUUGGAAAGCCUGCAAUGAAGCUCUGCCAGUUAAAGCUUCUUUGUUUAGGAGACAUAUCGCCCCUGAUCCAGUGUGUUUCAUCUGCAAUCAGGAUGAGGAAUCUGUCUACCAUCUCCUUCUUGGCUGCCCUUGGACCCGAGCAGUUUGGCUCUCUUCCCAGUUACAUGUUCAACAUCUGCACCAAGGGAGUCUCACAGUCAAGGAUUGGCUUACUCAGUUAGUGAUUCGGUUGCAGGAAAACAGUGAGGAUCUUAGUAGAGGAUUAACCAUAGUCGCUUACUACUUAUGGGGGAUAUGGAAAGAACGGAAUGAGUGUCACUUUCAACAGAGACCUCCUGACCCUUUGGGAACCACUAUCAGAAUCAGAGCUAGCAUGCUUAAUGGGAUGGAAGACAACACCCCCAGCCCGAUACCUACCCAGGGAAGAAAGCCUAAUUAUCAAGCCAGAUGGGAUGUUCCACCACCAUGGACACUUAAGCUGAAUGUAGAUGCAACAUACUUCAAAGAAACAUGCAAAGGCUCGAUUGCAGUAGUGGUGUUUGAUGAGAAGGGCACCAAUGUACUCUCUCAUUCGAAAACAAUCUGGGCAGCGUCUCCGCUAGCGGCUGAAGCUUUAGCUGUUCGUGAGGCCCUUCUUCUGGCUAUGAACCUGGAGCUACCCAAAAUUUACUUAGUCUCGGACUGCCUCAAUUUAGUGUCAUUGAUUCGUGAGAGAAGAACGGAUUGGAAGGUGGAAGCUGUGCUUCGGGAUAUCCAGGACUAG